UUUUUUUUUUUUUUUUUUUGGCCUACGGGCCAGAAUUUGAAAGCAAUGCGAAGGUGGAAGGGAGCCACGAUACAAAAAUUAUAUAAAAAUUGGGGCGGGUCAAAGGAGCUACAGUUGCGGAAGAGAAUUAGUUGCCAAAAUUUCGGCUCAAAGUUUGGAAAACUGAGUGCGUUUUUCUCAGUCGGCAGAGGAGUAGGAAAUGCCCCAGGAGAGGGACGCUUUCAAACGUCUGUUGGUUCUGGAAGAUGGGCAUUAUGGAGCUUUUCUCACCAAUAGUAAUCGCCGUCCUGGGAAGCUGUGUUCUUUUCUUAUUCUCUCGGUGGAAGAAUUUGCGUGGACCGCCGUGCAUCCAGGGAUGGAUUCCCUGGAUUGGAGCUGGAUUUGAGUUUGGGAAAGCCCCUCUUGAAUUUAUAGAAAAAGCAAGAAUCAAGUAUGGACCAAUAUUUACCAUCUUUGCUAUGGGAAAGCGAAUGACCUUUAUUACGGAAGAAGAGGGAAUUGAUGUGUUUCUGAAAUCUAAACAUGUAGAUUUUGAACGGGCUGUAGAAAGUACUGUCUAUCAUGCAGCAUGGAUUCCAAAGAACAUCUUUUCAGCACUGCAUGAAAAACUGUAUGCUGUGAUGAAGGGGAAGAUGGGUACGUUAAACAUUCAUCAGUUUACUGGGCAGCUGGCUGAAGAAUUUCAUGAACAACUGGAAGAUUUAGGCACUCAAGGAACAAUGGACCUGAAUGACUUUGUAAGGUAUCUCUUUUAUCCAGCCACAACCAACACUCUCUUAAAGAAAGGGUUGAUUCUCACAGAUGAGAGGAAAAUCAAGGAGUUCUGCCAGAAUUUUAAAACCUACGAUGAGGGUUUUGAGUAUGGAUCCUCACUGCCGGAAUGGCUUAUGAGAAACUGGUCAAAAUCCAAAAGAUGGCUCCUGGCACUGCUUGAGAAAGCUAUUGACGAAAUAAAACCUCAUGGAACUGCAGGUCAUUCUGGGACCUUAUUGGAGGCCGUGCUGGAGGUCGUGAAGACGGAAACACUUCAGCACUCUCCGAAUUAUGGACUGCUCCUGCUGUGGGCAUCUCUGGCCAAUGCUACUCCUGUUGCAUUCUGGACCCUGGCGUUUAUUCUGUCUCACCCUGAUAUCCACAGGACCGUUUUAGAAAGCAUCUCUUCUGUGUUUGGCCCUGCAGGGAAAGGGAAGAUUAAAGUGUCUGAAGAUGACUUGAAGAGGCUCGAUCUAGUUAAGUGGUGUGUUCUGGAAUCCAUCCGCUUGAGAGCCCCUGGUAUUAUCAGUAGAAAAGUAGUGAAGCCUGUUAAGAUUCUGAAUCAUACAGUUCCUUCUGGUGAUAUGUUGAUGUUGUCUCCAUUCUGGCUACACAGAAAUCCAAAAUAUUUUCCUGAACCUGAGUCAUUCAAACCUGAACGCUGGAAAGAGGCAAAUUUAGAUAAGUAUGUUUUCUUGGACGGCUUCAUGGCAUUUGGAUACGGGAAGUUCCAGUGUCCUGGAAGGUGGUUUGCUCUCUUAGAGAUUCAAAUAUGCAUUAUCUUAGUGCUUUACAAAUAUGACUGCCAUCUUCUGGACCCAUUACCAAAACACAGUUCUCUUCAUUUGGUGGGUGUUCCCUGGCCAGGAGGAAAAUGCCGAAUCGAAUAUAAACAAAGAGCUUGACAUUCGUUGGGUCUCAAGAACCUUCUAGAAGAGUGAAGUUACCCAGCCAACCACUACCCUCCCAGCACUUUGACCUGAAGACUGCCUAGUGGCACAUAUGCUUCAUGUGUACAUCCAUGCACCUGAUUUCACUGUCAGAAUCACAGAGACCCCAACUCAACAUUCACAGAAAGGGUGCAAAUGAUUUUUAAAAAGUUGAUUAAAAGUUAAAUUUGGUUUCAUAUCAAGCCAUAUCAAAACUUCAAGUGGAAAUGUCAUUUGAAUGAAAAUAUUGGUACAUUAAAUUCACUAUGGAGGGAGGAGAAACUGGUUGGAAUGUACUGUAUGAGAGAUGAAUAAAUAAAUAAAAAAAAAAAGAAA